CGAGUCUUUGACAGCACGCGAGCAGUACAUUGCGCAUGCGUGACGUUAUUUGUCCAUUUUGGCGAUUUUCGUGGCUGCAGGUGACAUUAUUGCUGUUCGUAGGCACGGUGCCGUCGCAGCCAGUGCAGUUUGAGUGCUGGAAUCGAAACAGCACUUGCUCCUGCACUGGCUGCUCGCACCUGCCGACGAACCUACCACCGGGUGUGACUAGAAUCGACAUGAUCGGAGACGGUGUCAGUCCCUUCUAUUUUCCUACCAACGUCUUGCCCCAGUACGCUAAUGUCAAAUCAGUCUCUGUCACCAACUACAGUAUGGCAACUGUCCGCUCUGGAGACCUUUCCUCUUUUGUGAAUACGAUGGUGAUCGAUCUAUCAAACAACAGGCUGAAAUAUAUUGACGAAUAUAUCAUCUAUUCCAACAAGAAACUGAAGCGGCUGGUCCUGAAUGACAAUCCAGAACUGCAGCUGGUUCCUAUUCGUAGUGAGUCGUUGACAGACCUCUACCUGCAGAACUCUGGACUCAGCAGCUUCGACCCACAACUGCUGCAGCAUCUUCCGGAUAGGGGAAAUCUGUAUAUCACCGCCAGGGACAAACUGCACUGUUCUCAGGAAACUAAGAACAUCCGCAUCCACUACCCAGGUUUCAAAGCGUACUGCAACGCCAAAACAAACGCCACUGAAAACAGCACUACCACCACCACUGAAAACAAAGCACCCUCAAAUGCCAACUCUUCUACAAUCUUGUACAUAUUACUUGCUGUAGUACUUGUCGCAAUUCCGGCAGUUAUAUUUGUAGUUAAACGGCGGACUACCUACAACCGACUGGACCUGGGAACCGAAGAAGCAGGAGGUGGAAUGCGUUCAGCCGUCAUCGGUGUUCGGUGGCGGGUUACGGAUAAUGUAUAGUGCGUGAUGGCGGGUACUGCUGUAUACUGUUAAUGAAAUGUGGGCUGUUGCGACCCUUGGUCUGCCUCCAGUGGUGGUUUUAGAAUACUGUAUUGUACAUGGUGAUGGGUAUUUCAUACUAUUUAUGAAAUGCAAAUAAAGGUAAAAAAUGGAUAAACCUGGCGACGACCUUCGAAUAGCGUG